AUGGAUGACCUCAACCGCACCAAUUCUAACGAGGCUUACUCAGCAUCACCCAGCGCGGCCACUCGCUCUCCUCGUCCUACAACGACUGGCCUUGGAAAACUCUCCCUGCCCUAUACAACCGAUCCACCCUCUGCUGCAAAUCCGCCGCAACAGAAGGUAUGGCUCGUGUUCGGCGCAACAGGACAUAUGGGCCGCUCCGUGACAAAAGCCGCCCUUGCCCACAACGACAUCGUGGCUGCCGUUGGCCAAUCCUUCCAAGAUGACCUAGCGAGCAUGAAGCAGUGGCAUGAUAUCCCCGAUCGAUAUCUGGGGUUGUUGUGUGAUGUACGCAUACGCUCUAGUGUGUCAUCAGUCAUCGAACAGACGAUGAAAAAGUUCGGCAGGGUGGACAUCGUCGCCAACUGUUCGGGUUACGGCGUGAUUGGUGCCUGUGAAGACCAGGAUGAGCAUGAGAUUCGAAACCAGUUCGAAACGAAUUUCAUGGGCACCCUGAACAUAAUUCAACUGUCUCUACCCAUCUUUCGAAGACGCCAGGACGGAAGAUAUCUGAUAUUCAGUUCCACAAGUGGCGCGCUCGGAGUUCCGGGCCUCGGACCAUAUUGUGCGACAAAGUAUGCUGUAGAAGGCCUGAUUGAAAGUAUGCUAUACGAAGUCGAUCCGUUCAACAUCAAAUUCACUCUCGUUGAGCCGGCUCACAUGCGCCGCGACGAUAGCGACAUCUUUCCUCCACAACCAAAUCAACCUGGUACGACGACGACGACGACGACGACUAACGGACGAAUCCGCCAGCAACAGGAGCCACCAAAUCAAAAGCAGAAUACUAAAUUGGCGCUCUUCGGACAUUUCAAAGUAGCGCGUCCAUCUUCGCCGUACGCCACGAAAGAUGCCCCCGCCGCCCACGCCCAACGGACUCUGCAGUGGAUGGGUGCAAACCAGCCCACCUCGGUGGUCAAAGCCGCCGAACUGGUCUGGCAACUGGGCCACUGCCGGUAUCCGCCAUUGCGACUCUUGCUGGGGACCUUUGCCGUGGAGAGCAUCCGUGACCGGUUGAAGAGCAUCAUCGAAGAGAUCGAGGACUGGAAGCACCUCAACUUCCCGCCGCUGGAGGGGUUUGAGGAGAAGGAAGACGGUGACGAAAAGGAGGAAGGCGAAGGGGAAGGAGAAGGGGACGACGGAGAGGGAGACGGUGAUGGCGAUGGCGACGGUGACGACCGCGACGACCGCGAUGAGCAGCAGGGAGGGGUGAACGAAGAGCAAAUCGAUAGGAAGGGCGAUGACCUUCCGAGAGGGGGAAAAGCUGCCAACCCGGGCGGCCGAGAUAAAGACGCCCGGGAGAGGGAAGAACGAGGAGGACAGCCUCAUAUCAAGCUCGAGAGUGACAUGGACGUGGAUGACUGA